GAAAUGGAGAUCGGGAAACGGCUGCACCUGAAAACUCAAAGCCCUUUCUUUUCCAUUCUCUCUCUUCCCCUCUUCUGUCAGUUUUGUUUGAUCUGAUUCUCUCCCACCGAGCUGCUUUGCUUUGUUUCGUUUCGUUUCCCCAGUUCUUGUUUUUUUUUUUUCCAUUUCCCACAAAUAUAGAAAUCUCUUCGCCUCUCUAACUCACCUCGCCGGACAAAUCUAGACGAGGUUCUCACAGUUUCUUUGCAAGAAAACUUAAGGGUCUUCCUCAUCUCAUCCUUUUAUGGAACCACUCAUCAACUUCAUCAUCCGACCGCCCAGAGCUGAGUACGACCCAAAAAAUGAUUUGCUGGAUCAAGAGUUCAUGCUCAAAGGCAAAUGGUUUCAGAGAAAAGAUAUAGAGGUUAAAAAUAGUAGAGGAGAUAUUCUUCAAUGUAGCCAUUAUAUGCCUGUUGUUCGUCCAGAGGGAAAGCCAUUGCCUUGCGUUAUUUACUGCCAUGGAAACAGUGGGUGCAGGGCUGAUGCCAGUGAAGCUGCUAUAAUUUUGCUGCCUUCUAACAUUUCUGUUUUCACCCUUGACUUCUCUGGUUCUGGAUUGUCUGGAGGAGAGCAUGUGACUUUAGGUUGGAACGAGAAGGAUGAUCUCACUUCAGUGGUUGAGUUCUUGAGGGCAGAUGGGAAUGUUUCUCUCAUCGGUUUGUGGGGCCGCUCAAUGGGUGCAGUGACCAGCUUAAUGUAUGGGGCUGAGGAUCCUUCAAUAGCUGGAAUGGUGCUCGAUAGCCCAUUUUCUGAUUUGGUUGAAUUGAUGAUGGAACUCGUGGAUACGUAUAAAAUUCGACUUCCUAAAUUCACGGUGAAGUUUGCCAUCCAGUACAUGCGAAGAGCUAUUCUCAAGAAAGCAAAAUUUGACAUCAGUGAGCUUAAUACCAUCAAGGUGGCAAAGUCCUGCUUUGUUCCAGUUCUAUUCGGGCAUGCAGUGGAUGAUGAUUUUAUACAGCCUCAUCAUGCAGACCGUAUAUAUGAAGCUUAUGUGGGGGACAAGAAUAUUAUCAAAUUUGAAGGAGAUCACAAUUCUCCUCGUCCACAGUUCUAUUUUGAUUCUAUAAACAUCUUUUUCCACAAUGUUCUCCAACCUCCCGAAGAUGAAGUUGGGGAAACUUUUUUGGACACAACACCUGAUUACUUCAGCAGGGGUAGAUGGAGUACCUUACCUGAGAUGGGAUACACAGAGGAUGACUUUUUUACAACAGGUCGCGCUUCUAGCACCACAGAAGAUGCCAUUGAGCAGCUUCGAUCCAAGAGGCAGAUGAGUAGAAUAGAGGUUCCAUCAGAUAUCUCAUCACAAGAUAAACCAGCAGAAACUGAGGAAGGAUCUUCUUCUGAUAAGCAGAUGCCAUCGUCUUCAAACAUGAUUAGUUUUGAACUCUCUGAUGGGCAACCAAAUGGACCCCGAGUGCCUGCCUCCAUAGACUAUGACGAUUACCUGGAGUACUCAUUUGAUAACUUGUCCCACUUUCCUUCUAACUCGGAUGAAGAAGAAAGAAUGUUCAGAGAAGCUGUGAUGGAAUCAAUAAAAGACAUGGAGAAAACUUCGAAUACCAAGCAAGAUGAAAAUUUCGAGAACCUUAAUUCUGUCGACACUUCAGUUCCUCCUUCCAGUUCAAAACCAGAUAAUUCGGCUAACAAAAUCAUCCAGUCAGGCGAUGAUCAGAUUAUCGUUUCUACAGGUCCUUCACCAAGUGCUCCUCCAGUGAACACAGUAAGCUCAUCAUCCAAUGGUGUUGAAACGAUUGAUUUUACAAAAGCAACUGUGACAGUUGAAAGGAACCCGUCAAGCAAUAUGAUAGAUGGUUUGCUGAAACGAUGGGACCUUAGUUUCUUUCGAGGUAAUAAUAGGUGAAAAUUGGGUUGGAAGUGUAAAACAAGGAACAUGAAGCAUUUACUUGAGAAAAGAAAGAAAGUGAAAAGAGAACAGCAUACAUAUGGGUAUUUAUUCCACUUUAUUUGUAUAUUGUGUUUGUUUUGGAGGAAGAAAACAUUAUAUGAUGAUUCUUGGAAAGAAAUCACUUACCAAAAGAUGGGGAACUCUACUAUGUGUGUGGUGGGGAGUUUGUUUGACUAGAGAAAAAAAGAAGAAAAGGAAAUGUACAGUAUAUGUAGACAAAUAUUAUUGGGUUGAAAAUUUGUUGAACUUCAUUCAAAGUUUAUGUAUAUUUGGUUUGCACUUUUUUUUAAUCUGGAUUAUGA